AUGUUAGACUUACGGCGAACCAAGAGGCAAGCGGGCAGCAGCUGCAAGGACAUGAGCUUCGCUGCUGGGAAAGCAGGGGGUUCCAACGAACAAACGCAUCCAUGCCGGACAUCAGCGCUCGCCUCCAACACGUCCACCAUUGCCGCCAUCAUGCUUUGGCUUCGAAGUCUGUGGAUUUGGCCCUACGGGUCAAUGAUCUCUGCCUGGUUUGCAUUUUCUCUUUGCAGUGCCCUCUUGUUUCUCAGAUCCUCUUGUCGCCAUCCUGGUCGACGUUCGCUCUUUUUGGACUGCGCAAUCUGGGAAUACUGCGCUGUACCGCGAGAUCAUGGGUCUUUGAGUCGUCGAGUUAAUGGGAUCUUUCGAGAACUACCUGGAGAAGGAGGGUUUCUUUGCCACGUUGGCCGACGAGGAAGUGCGGAUAUGCUGGCCCUAGUUUCUGGAAGUUUUGUUACCGCUUCCGCGAAUACGCCUGCCCCUGCCCCUCACUCUGUGCUCUCGGUGUUUGUGUCUCGUCCUGACGCAAUCUCAACUCCCCUCGCGCCCGCAUACGCGCUUCUGCCUGGCUUCGUCCCGGUACCUGCAAACUCGAAGUACAGACCAGACCCCCCUGCCCCAGCUAUGCCGUCGGCGGAGGUGAUCGAGCUAGGCAUCGCGAUGCAGGCGGCGAGCCCACCUCCGCAGUUCCUUUAUGAGAUGGAACCCCACGAGUUUUGUUACCGCUGUGUCUGGAAGAUGGAGAAGUACCCUCCCACUGAACCCUGCGUGUUGGGCGGCCGGCGCUAUAAGUGUGCUCAUUGCAGCAAGGCUUGCCAACCAAGUGGACCAUUUUCUUCCUAUGCUCGGUUUUUAGGGUGUGGUUUAGAUCCCCACCUCCUCCACUCACCCCGCCGUCAAGGCCGUGUUUGUUGCUUGGGAGUAAAUAUUUAUAUAGCUUGGGACCGGCGGUUAUUUUACCGUGCCUCGAAUUCCUGUAGAUCUUCUUGAGCACCUUCAGGAUCCUC